AUGAGUGAGGAUAUUGUUCGUUGUCUUGCAUCAUGUCAAAAUGCGAAUACAAGUGGCGCACGCGUUGGAAACGAUUUGUAUGAUAUUGGAUGUAUAAACCAAUGCUCUCAAAGACAAACAAUCUUUCUUCAAAACACAGCAGAGAAAUACGCACAAAUAGUUCAAACCAUAUCUAUUGUUCUCAUCACAUUUGGUUUGUUUGGCAAAGUCUUCAAUUGUAUUAUCUUUCUACGAAAACCGCUUCGGGGUACAUCGACUGGUUUAUUAUUACUAUUGAAGACAAUCUUCGACUUUGUUCCUUUGCUCUGGGCAUUUAUAUUCGAAACUAAACUAUUCGUUCAAGACGAACAAUUGAAUGCAUCAAGAGUUAUAUGCAUCCUAUCCCGGAGCAGCGAUAUCUUCGUCUCCUGGUCAGUCGGCUUCGUCAUCCUUGCUGGUGUCAUACGUCUUUGCACGAUUGUACAUUCAAGAUUCUUACCACAACCCACACCUCGUCAUGUUUCUGCGAUUAUCCUACUAAUGAUGUUAUGUGGCGUUUUGUACAAUUGGCAUCUUUUCUAUUAUCCUGAUCUUGUAGAUACUACAAAUACUGACUAUAAAAAUAGUACAUUUACCUAUUGUAAUAUUAUAUUUGGACGGCAAAUGGGCUAUUUUUCUUAUGGUGGCUUUCAAUCCAUGGGAGAAUUAUCAUACAAUGCUCCAGUAGUUAACUUUAUUGUCACAUCAUUGAUUCCGUUUGGGAUUGUCGCUUUAACCAACAUCAUUAUUAUCGUUCGCGUACUAAAAAGCCCAUCACCUGACCGUUUAACUCAAAUCAAUUCGAUUCGUGAGCGCAAACAAUUAUCUUCAUCGAAGGAUGUUCCAUCUUCAGACGCAUCAACUCCGAGACCAGCACACAUAACAAAGAAGGAUGUUAGUUAUGAAACAACGAUUACUUUAACAACCAGCUGUGUGUUUCUAACGACCAAUAGCAUCGCAAGUACUUAUGUUUAUGUGAAAUCCAGUUAUCGUAUCAACCGUCCCGGUUUUAGCGAAGAUAUCAAAACUUCGAACGUUUACCUGAUUCUGCGUAUGCUAACACUGAUCGACACAGUUCUGGAAUUCUAUAUUUAUUUUCUAACGGGAAAGAAAUUCCGUCAAGAAGUCUAUCAAGUGAUUAGCGAGAUUCUUCAGCAAACACCAUUUCGAAAAUACUUCAAAUUUGCACGUUCAACAACGAACGGUACAAAUCAUCGGCGAAUCACGAAAACCGAUUUGGAAAAACAAUACCAACAAUCGCAGCAGGCAACAACUAUCGAUGAUAAUCAUCAAGAAAACUGUCUCGAUAUAACCUCAACAACAAUGUCAACCGGAAAUAGUUACAUUGAACUAUCACAAAAACAAAAACUAAUUAAUUCUCAAGGAGGCGAUCAAGACGAAGCCCUUGAUCGAAUGGAGAGUACUGUCUAA